UAUUAUUACAAUCAUAGAUUAUACACUUAUUAUCAAAUUCAAGUAAGCAAACGUGAACAUUUGUUUCUGUAUCAGAUUCUGUAUUUUUUACUUGUGACAGUGCUCCCUUAGUUAGACUAAGCUUUAAAUAUAUUUGUAAUUAGUGUUGAUACAACAUGGAAGACGAUAGAAAACAUGAGAAGAAACGCAAACGGUUUGCUGCCCGAUUGAAUACUCUGAAAGGAAUUGUUUGUUAUGAAGAUCCUAGGCCCAAUGUGAUUCUUUGCAAUGUGGGGCAAGCUACAGGAUUUGAUAAGCAAAAACUGAUGAAACUGCUCACAGAGUACAAGGUAAACACACCAUUGCCUAAGUUUGUUGCCGAGAAAGGAGAAUCCUACUCAUAUCUCAUGUUUGAUAAAGCCGAGAAUGCAUCACUAUUUUAUGAGGCAUGCAAUGGGAAAGCACAGGUAGAUGAGAAUGGAACAACACUCUAUGUGACAUUUGUUGAAAAUGUUCCGGAUACUGAUAUUAUUUGUAAGCAUCCAAAUCCUAAAGGCUUACAUAUAAUACCCGAUUUUCUUACCGAAGAUGAAGAGAAGUUAUUCCUUAAUACCUUUAACAUACAACACGUAGAAACAACAUUAAAGAACCGUCAAGUCAAACAUUAUGGUUAUGAGUUCAGAUAUGGCAGCAAUGACGUUGACUUGAGUUGCCCAUUGCAGGAAAAAAUACCAAAGAUUUGUAAAUUGCUGUGGAGGAGGCUGCAACACUAUGGUUACGAUCUUGGAGUACCAGUUCAGCUGACUGUUAACAAGUACUUACCUGGGCAAGGUAUCCCGUCGCAUGUCGACAAACACAGUCCAUUUGGUGAAACAAUUCUGGCCCUAUCGCUGGGCUCCAAUGUGGUUAUGGAUUGGAAGCAUCACACAGGGAAAUAUGUGCCAGUUAUGGUUGAGGCUAGAUCAAUGAUGAUAAUGCAAGAUGAAGCUAGAUAUGACUGGCAGCAUGGAAUACAGCCAAGAAUGUGGGACCCAGUCCUUGAUGUUCGUUUAAUAGAUAAUGAGAAAGUUAAAGUGAUCACAUCUGAUACUGUACAGAGGGAGAUGAGAAUCUCCUUGACAUUCCGAUGGACCAGAUGCGGGCCAUGUAAAUGUGAAUACAAGAUGUUGUGUGAUAGCAUUGAACGUAAUAUUCCUGAGACAAUUAGCAAUGAUGUUGCAUCUAACAUAGAGGACAUACAUGUGCACCAGGUAUACGAACAAAUCGCAGGACACUUCAGCACAACGCGGCACAAGCCUUGGCCCAAAGUUGUAGACUUCAUGCAGCACGUGCCGGCUGGAUCUAUAGUGCUGGACCUUGGCUGUGGCAAUGGCAAGAAUAUACUCAACAGAACAGAUAUAUUGCAGGUAGCCGGUGAAAGGAGCAGCGGUCUACUAGAGGAAUGCAAGGGGCUCACGGCCCGGAUAUCCGGCGCCGACUGCAUCCGGUUGGACUUGCUCAACACCGGCCUCAAGGACGAGUGCGCUGAUUUCAUCAUUUGCGUAGCCGUCGUGCACCACUUCAGCACACAGGCACGGCGCCUCCACUCGCUACAAACAAUACACCGACUCCUGCGGACCAACGGGCAAGCGCUCAUCACGGUGUGGGCCAAGGAUCAAACCAAGUCGAGCUACCUGUCCCGGACCCGGGCGCCGCUGCUGGACCGGCACAAACUGACGGUGGGCGGCAUCCACUUGCCCGUGCACGAGAACCGCACGCAGUUCCAGCACAAGGAUCUGCUGGUGCCCUGGAACCUGCGCAGCAAGGCGCCCCCGCUCCAACAGCCCGACACCACCUUUCUCAGAUACUACCACGUCUUCGAUGAAGGGGAACUAGAUCAGCUCUGCCGAGACGCGCGGCUCGCGAUCGUCAGGAGCUUCUACGAGGAAGGCAAUUGGUGUGUCGUCUGUAUGAAAGUGUAAUAGGGAAAGUUGAAAGUUAAAUGUGGAUAUCGUCUCAGCAUUUUUGUCUAAAGGCAAGACGUCAUGUGUGUUGGCAUCGUUGGCCGCAAGUGCCUCUCGAGUGAAAAGUGGCACGCUGCAUGCUGGCUGUAUGCCACUGUUUCCCUGGCUCAUUUCGAAAUGAAGUGUAAAAUAUUGAAAUUGAUGAUGUCACAGAUGACAGUUGUGUGUGUUGCAACAAUGCAAGUAUGAAAUGGUGCGAGGAAGCCAAUGUGUGAUGGUCAAAUAUUAGAUCAGAUUUACUUUUUCCAACACAAAAAUGAUUUAAACAAAUUGGUGUGUAG